AUGAGGCGACCGCGGCGAGUCCACGGACAAGACCGAGCUGUCAUGAGGCGACCGCGGCGAGUCCACGGACCAGACCGAGCUGUCAUGAGGCGACCACGGCGAGUCCACGGACCAGACCGAGCUGUCAUGAGGCGACCACGGCGAGUCCACGGACCAGACCGAGCUGUCAUGAGGCGACCACGGCGAGUCCACGGACCAGACCGAGCUGUCAUGAGGCGACCACGGCGAGUCCACGGACCAGACCGAGCUGUCAUGAGGCGACCACGGCGAGUCCACGGACCAGACCGAGCUGUCAUGAGGCGACCACGGCGAGUCCACGGACCAGACCGAGCUGUCAUGAGGCGGCCACGGCGAGUCCACGGACCAGACCGAGCUGUCAUGAGGCGACCGCGGCGAGUCCACGGACCAGACCGAGCUGUCAUGAGGCGACCACGGCGAGUCCACGGACCAGACCGAGCUGUCAUGAGGCGGCCACGGCGAGUCCACGGACCAGACCGAGCUGUCAUGAGGCGACCACGGCGAGUCCACGGACCAGACCGAGCUGUCAUGAGGCGACCACGGCGAGUCCACGGACCAGACCGAGCUGUCAUGAGGCGACCACGGCGAGUCCACGGACCAGACCGAGCUGUCAUGAGGCGACCACGGCGAGUCCACGGACCAGACCGAGCUGUCGUGAGGCGACCACGGCGAGUCCACGGACCAGACCGAGCUGUCGUGAGGCGACCACGGCGAGUCCACGGACCAGACCGAGCUGUCAUGAGGCGACCACGGCGAGUCCACGGACCAGACCGAGCUGUCAUGAGGCGACCGCGGCGAGUCCACGGACCAGACCGAGCUGUCGUGAGGCGACCACGGCGAGUCCACGGACCAGACCGAGCUGUCGUGAGGCGACCACGGCGAGUCCACGGAGGAUAG